UCUUUCUCCUCGUUCGUCUCCUUUCCGGCACUCUGCACACUGCAGAGAGAGAGAGAAAAGAAAGUGAAAGCACGUAGAGAGACAGACAGAGAAAACAAACCCUAGGAAACUCCAUUUUAAUGGAGAAUCUCUCACAUUCACUUUCCAGAACAACUUCUUACACCAGCAAUGGCCACUUCUCGGCUAGUAAGACUAUGUACGACGACGUGUUUGGAGGUCCGCCGAAGUAUGGAGUUCACACUCUCUCUCCUCGCGUCGAAGACUACACUGAGAUUUUCGGAGGCUUUAGUUCUUCCCGAGCCUCUUCUAUUCCGAUUCUUGAUCUUCCGGGGGUCGACGACUCCGACCUUCUGUUUGAUGUUCGGAGCUCCAAGUUUGACUACUCUGAAGUGUUCGGAGGUUUCAGCGGCCUGGAUUUCGUGGCUUCGUGCGAAGAAUUGUUCACUCACUCCAACGGUGGAGUUGAUUCCUCUGACGAAGCUUGGAGUCCAGCUCAAAGUGAGUAUCUGUCAGAUGAAUCAGAUCCUUCUGCUUGGUCUGGAAAGAAUCAAGGCUUGACAAAUGGAGAUUCUCACCAGUCAUUUGAUGGCACAAAGCAGUUCAACAUGUCAUAUAAUAGGGCUAAUCAAACAAGCAAGGAAGAUAUGUUAAAUAGGACGAUAAAUGUGACUGAAUUGAAUGCCAUCCCUGGAUUUACUGUCGUAGUGAAUGAUGCCCCUCUGUUGCAAAAGAUAGAUGACAAGAACCCACCCUUGCAGGUAGAACCUGAUCUCAACCUCAGCAAGGGUUUGGGUGGAGGAGUUAUAGAAGGAAAGCGAUUGAGAAAAACCAAGUCACACCCGCAAAACAUUGUUUCCGGAACACAGACAUAUGGAAGUGAUCUUAAUCCUUUGGCAGGAUAUGAAAGAACUGGCUCUUGUCGGGAUGAGACAUUUAUAACCGUGUGUGAUAUCAGCCUUAAAACUCGGCCCACUCAGUUGCCGCCACCUUCUAGACCACCACCUGCUUUGGCUGUUAAAAAUGAAGAUUCUGAUAGACCGAAGUUGAGACUCAAGACCUCUAAGAGUUAUGCUUUUGAACGGAUUGCAGGUGACAGUUCACCACCUUUCUUUGACGUGGAAGUAGAUGCAAGUGCAUCUGCUGCCGCAUCUGCUGCCGCUAUGAAAGAUGCAAUGGAGAAAGCUCAAGCAAAACUUAGAAGUGCAAAAGAAUUAAAGGAGAGAAAGAAGGAGGGAGUUCAAAAGCCCACGAAGCGGUGCUCAGAGAAUGACAUAAAAGAUAAGGCGAGAAAGGGAAGUGAGAAGUUUGAUGGAUUUAACAGCUUUAAGGAUGAGAGGGUGCAGGGAACACAUGAAAGAAAAAUGAGUGGAAUGCAAAUUUUUGCAGGGGAGGACAGCCAAGAAGUGUUGAAGACAUCGCAUGGAGUUUCAAGUUCCAUAGAAGGGGAUAAGCAUUUGAACAGUGCACAGAAAUCUGCAGGAAGGAAGCAUGCGAAGCAUUUUAGUUCAUCUCAAGGAUCUUGUAAAACUGAAGAUUUUGAUGCAUGGAAAGAACAAUUUUAUGAAGUGGUUGAAACUGAUCACUCCAGCAUGACUUCUGAUCUGGUUAAGGGUGAAAAGACUUUGGUGCAAAAUACAAAGCAAAAGAUGAUGUCCCACGCGUACAGAGAGGAGAAAAAAGCAGUCAUGGAAAAGUUUGAGCAGCAAGAAGUUAAUAGGGAGAUAAAAGCAGCAAGACAGGCUCAUGAAUGGGAAAAGAACAUGAAACAACUAACAGGGGCUAAAGGGGAUUGUGAAUGGGAAGAAAAUAAGGGGCGAUCAGUAGCCGCUAAACAGUUGAACAGGCAAGAGGAGCGUCAUGAGAAAGUAAAAGUGGCUGAAAGGGUUCAUGAAUGGAAAGAGAAUGAUAAGAAAUUAAGAGUUUCUGAACAAUGGGGAGAAACCGUGAGUAUACUAAGUGAAACGGGUAAAUGUGAAGAAUAUGAGAACCUGAUAGAAGAUCAGCAGAAAGAGAUGGAACCGGGCGUCGAACAGAAAUUAAUAGGGGCUGCUGGAAAGAUUGAAAAUGAGAAAAGAAUUGAGGAUUCUCAUGAAAGUAAAGAGAAUGGAAUUAGAUCAAAAGAGAGUUUUGAGAGGGAAGACUAUGAGAGCAUUCUCGAAAAGGCUGUUGUGCGAGCAGAAAAUGAGAAAAGAAUGAAGGAGACUAUAGAGCAGGAAGAAGAAGAAGAAGAAGAGCAGCAAAGGGAGGUUCGUGAAAGAGAAGAUAUAGAGAAGAAACAAAAGGAGUGCUGUGAAAGACAAGAAAAUGAGAAUAGAAUGGAAGAAACUCUUGAGCGAGAAGAGAGUGACAAGAGGUCAAAUUUGGAUUUUGAGCAGGAAGAGAACAAGAAAGAGCAGAAACUGGCUCAACAGAGAGAACAAAAGGAGAAUGGGAUAACAAAGGCUUGUCAGCAGAAAGAAAAUGAGAUGGCCUUGAACAAGACUGUAGAACGGGAUGAAAGUACACUGAUACGAAAAGAGCCUCAUGGAAAAGAGGCAGAAGCGAAGAGACCAAGUGAUGCUUGUGAACGAGAAGAGGAUGAUAAGAGACUUAUAGAGGCUUGGGUGCAAGAAUUACAAGAGGCUCAUGAAAGAGAAGAUAGUGAGAAGAGAUUAGAAGUUACAUUUAAGAAGGAAGGAACUGAGAAAAGAUCAAAUGAGGAUAGUGAGUGCAUUAGAGUUGCUGGUGAUUGGGAAGGAUUGAAGGGACGAGACAAUGGUCAUGAGCAAAAUGGGAGGGUUGAGAAUGAGAGGAAUCUAAAUUCCAAUCAAGAAAUUCAUUUGCACGUAGAGGCAUUUGAUGGAGUGUGUAAUCUGCAUGACAGUGAGACUCCACAAGCAACAGAAGUGGUCAGUAAGCAUGAAAAAAACAGGGGAAAACUGGAAACAUCUCAAGCAGCCCUUGCAUGUGAAGAAGAUGUAAAGUUGAGGAUUGGACCCAAAGAUGGAAAAAACGAACUAGAAGUAGCUGCAGAGGUGUUUGUUGAAGAAAGUUUCAGCUCAUAUGGCAUGCAUCAAGAUAGCUUGCAACAGGAAGGGAAUCAAUUAAGAAUGGAAAACGGCAGUGUAACAAAAUUAAAUGAACCUGGCAUAGGCAUUGGACAAAGACAAGUUGAGAGUGAGAAUAUAAAUUCUGGAAUGGUGUCUGAUCCUGAAAAUGCAAAUAUACACACUCAUGAACUGGGAGAGACAGGGAAUAACAUCAACGGGGUUCAAUUUGCUUUUGACCUGGAUGGAAGCAAUUAUAAAUUCACAUCAUUUCAGAUUGUAGGAGAGUGGAUUGAAACUGUAAGUAAAAUGGGAGAUGCAAGGUUGGGAAGUGAAGAAAAAACACAGAGUACAGCGCAAAAUAUUCCAAGGCAAAGCACAGAACAAAAAGAGAGGAAUCUAAAUGAGACCAUUGCAUACGAGGGAGAGAAAGAAGAAAGGCUGAAAAGGAAAGGAGAGCUGGAAAACGAUCGGGUAAGAAAGAUGGAAGAAGAGAGGGAGAGAGAAAGAGAAAGAGAAAAGGAUAGGAUGGAUGUUGAUAAAGUAACUCGUGAAGCUCGUGAAAGGGCAUUUGCUGCUGUGGAGAGGGCAACUUCUGAAGUCCGACCAAGUGCAAUUGCUGAUGCACGUGAAAGAUUAGAGAAAGCAUCUGCAGAGGCUAGGGAGAGAUCAUUGGCUGAGAAGGCAUCUAUGGAGGCCAGACUCAGGGCAGAGCGUGCUGCAGUAGAAAGAGCAACUGCAGAGGCUCGAGAGCGUGCUUUUGAAAAAGUGAGGGCUGAGAAGGCUGCUUUUGAGGCACAGGAACGAGUGGAGAGAUCUGUUGCAGAUAAAUUCUCUGCUUCUUCCAGAAAUGCUGGGAUGAAAGAGAGCUCCUCAUCUGCUGAGCGGCAAUUUCAGAGCAUGGGGUCUUCCAAUGGGUUGGGAUAUUCAUAUUCUUCAAUUCAAGGUGGAGUUGAAGGUGAAUCAGCUCAGAGGUGUAAAGCUCGGUUGGAGAGGCAUCAGAGAACAGCUGAGCGUGCAGCAAAAGCUCUAGCAGAGAAGAAUAUGCGUGAUCAUCUUGCUCAAAGAGAGCAAGCAGAGAGAAAUAGAUUAGCAGAAACCCUGGAUGCUGAAGUCAAGAGGUGGUCAAGUGGGAAGGAAAGGAACCUGCGUGCAUUGCUUUCAACAUUACAAUAUAUUCUUGGGCCUGACAGUGGUUGGCAGCCAAUUCCAUUGACAGAAGUUAUUACUUCUGUUGCUGUAAAGAAAGCCUACCGAAAAGCCGCGCUUUGUGUGCACCCUGACAAAUUACAACAAAGGGGUGCCAGUAUUCAGCAGAAGUACAUAUGUGAAAAGGUUUUUGAUCUCCUAAAGGAGGCUUGGAACAAAUUCAACUCGGAGGAGAGGUAGUUCAAACCUUUUGUCUGCUGCCAAGAGGUACACAGUUGUAGUGACGACGCAACACAUCUCGUGAUUUAUUCUGUAAGCAUGUAAAUCUCUCUCUUUUGCCCUUUAAUGUAAGCUUAAGCUUCAUGGAUUGGCAGGAAAGGUGUAUUAUUAAAAAACAAGUGCCGCUCUCUGUUGAAAAUCCUGGUCCCAAUUUUCUACAUUCUAUCAUUAGUCAUUGCUA